AUGAAGCUCGACGCCACCGACCUCCGCUACAUCUCCGCCCAGGAGUUCCGCGCGCUCACCGCAAUCGAAAUGGGCUCAAAGAACCACGAAGUCGUACCCUCGGCACUCGCCGCACAGAUCAGCGGACUACACCACUCGGGCAUCAACAAGCUCUUCGGCUCCCUCGCAAAGCGCAAACUCAUCGCCAGGGUCCAGAACGCAAAGUACGACGGCUACAGGCUCACCUACGGAGGUUACGACUUCCUCGCCCUACGCACUUUCUCAAAGCGCGAGACCAUCGCUGCCGUAGGCAGGCGCAUCGGCGUAGGAAAGGAGAGCGACAUCAACAUCGUCGAGUCCCCAGAUGGCGAGAGCAGAGUCCUCAAGAUCCACAGGCUCGGCCGAAUCAGCUUCCGCGCCAUCAAGGAAAAGCGCGACUACAUGGGAAAGCGGAAGAGCGCAAGCUGGAUGUACAUGAGCAGGCUAGCAGCAGCAAAGGAGUACGCCUUUAUGCAGAUCCUGCACCAGCACGGCUUCCCCGUCCCCACGCCCAUCGACCAGGCGCGCCACUGCAUCGUCAUGUCCCACAUCGACGCCUUCCCGCUCCGCCAGAUCGCCGUGCUGCCGCCAGGGCAGAUCCCCUUUCUCUACUCGGCACUCAUGAAGCUCAUUGUCCGCCUCGCAAGGUCCGGCCUGAUCCAUGGCGACUUUAACGAGUUCAAUCUCCUCAUCCGCGAAGUAAAGACCGGCGCAUCCGACGACGAGUACGACUCCGACGGCAGCCAGGCGCCUCAAAAAGGCCCACGCGGUCGAGCGGCACAGCCCGAGACGAAAAACCAGGCUCGCGGCGGCCAAGACGAUGUCGAGGAGGAGCUCGUCCUCGAGGCUGGCCAACGGCUGGAGAAGGGCAACGGCUUCGAGCGCGUCGUACAAGACCCCAGCCUCGUGGCCCAAGACAGCGACGAAGAGGAUUCCGACGAGGACGACGAGACGGAUGAGGAUGAGGACGAGGAAGAAGACGAGAACGAGGAGGAGGAGCUCAACGAGCACGCGCUCGAGCAGGCAACCGUCCACCUCGGCGAUAAUGUCGUCGUGGAGCCCAUUCUGAUCGACUUCCCGCAGAUGGUCAGCGUCGACCAUCCCAACGCCGAAUACUACUUUGACCGCGACGUCGAGUGCGUGCGGCGAUUUUUCCGGAAGCGCUUCCGCUAUCACUCGGACGAGUAUCCCAAAUUCAGGGACGUGGUCCCCCUUCCUGGCCAAGCAUCCGCCCCAAAGGCAGAGGCCGGCGAGGCGGCGGCGGCGGGCGGCGACUCGAGCGAGCCUUCCGCAGAUGGACCUCGUCUCGACCUGCUCGCGAGGGCAAGUGGUUACGGAGCCAACUCAAAGCAGGAGCAGGAGCUCGAGGGCUACAUGGCCCAACUGCGCUUGCAAGCGAUCGGCGAGCUGGAGCAGGUCCAGUUCCGGACCAGCAAAGACGACGAGGACGACGAGAACGACGAUGAGGAGGACGAUGACGAGGAAGGGUCACAAGAUAGCGAUGCGGACAGCGAUGGAGCCAGCGGCCAGGAGGACGGUGAAGGGUCAGAUGCGGGAGAAGCACGCCGACGUCGACCAAAGAAGGCGCCGGCCGCUCGAGUGUCGAGGGGCGCCGCCAAGAAGGCCGCGGCCGACGGCGAUGACCGCCUCCUGGCGCAGAUUGUUGCCUCUGACCGCGCUCGGGCCGCACGCAAGGCCGAGAAGCACAACGGGCGCCGCGCCCAGGCCGGCAAGGCGGGACGCGCGCACGCCGGCGGAAAGGCCAAGACGAGCAAGUCGAGGCUCGUCAAAGACUCUGCUGUAUUUUAA